GGAUGCUAUGAGAGGUUGCAGACUAGGAAAGAAAUGAAAGAAAGUCCUUUACUUUUUCCUAUGCGUCGUCUUUCUGCUCUUGAGUGAGCGUAGUGUCAAGGUCACCGUUGGGGGCAUUCUCUGAAUUUUGAUUUUUAGCUUUCCAGAUGAGCAUGAACCCACUUUGGAGGAUGUUUUGGAAGACCAAGACAACACUGAUGCUGCAGCUUAGUUUUUUUUUAGGAUUUAUAAUCUGUUGACCUUCUAUUUUAACAUAUGUAUCUAUUUUGAAAAACUCUAGCAUUUUCCCACGUGUUUUGUUUAUUUAAUUUCCUCUAGAUUUCGGGAUUACUGUAUUAACAACCUGAUUAACUUUCCUACUCUUCAACUGCUCUCUUUUAUUAUCAAUGUGGACAUCUUGAUUUUUAGACAUGUAUGGUAUAAAAUAGGGAUGUCACAACUUGGCCGGACGAUUUCGUGUCCCAAAUACUGAAACAUUUGGCGCCCACCGUGGGGCUCGAAAUUGUGAUUAACCCAGAAACGAACACAAUGGCAGAGUAGUUACAAUUACAGGUACUACAGGAGAUGCAAAGGCAGAUGUAGGAGAUGGGGGCGGAAAUAGCGGCUUUGCGAGCUGAACGAGAGAAUGGGGUAGGGGGACCUUCGGUACAGUCCGUGAAUGUGCAUACGGUCCAUUCCGGAGAUGGGGAGGCCAGUCAACGGCCGUCGGUUGAGGAAGUGGCGGGAGUAGACGGUGAGGGAAUUGGGGGAGGGGGUCGCGGAAGAGGGGUCGGUCGGGGAGAUGGGCCGAACGGGGGAGGGAGGGGGAGAGAUGUUCGAGGGAGGGGGAGGGGGAGAGGGGAAGAAAAUGUGGGGCGUGACCAGGGAAACCUUGAGGGGCGUAGGGAGUUUGUAGAGCAGAACCAACCGUUCGUAGAGGCUCUGGAGGGCGAGGAUCAGUUUGAUCAAGCUGAAGGGUUGCAUCCAUUUACUGCUAAUGUUAUGGGGGCAGUAAUGCCGGAGAAUAAAGUCUUUCCGUGGGUUGAGAAGUAUGGAGGAGCGUCUGAUCCGGUGAAGCACCUACGAUCGUUUGUGGAUGCCAUGGCGGUAUAUUCCUCUGAUGAGUUGGUCUGGUGCAGGGUGUUUUCCUUAUCCUUAAAAGAUGAAGCUUUAGAUUGGUUUCAUUCGCUGCCAUCUCGGAGUAUUGACGGUUUUGUUACUUUGAGGCAGUUGUCUAGCCAACAGUAUGCGUCAAAUCGUUCUCGGGGUUUGACAUAUACAGCCCUUGUCAGAAUGAAGCAAGGACGAGAAGAGUCAUUAAAGGGGUUCAUGGAGCGCUUCAACCGAACCGCUCAGCAGGUGAGGAAUGUUGACCAACGACUGAUAGUAAGUGCGCUCACGACUACGCUGAGGCCAGGACCUUUUGUGGAUUACCUGUACGAGGAGGAGCCCCAGUCGAUGGGUGAACUGCAGCACAGACUGGCAGGGUUUAUUCGGAUAAAGGAGGGGAGGUCGUAUCGGAGUGACCAGGGCGAAGAGGGGGCGUUAAGAGAGAAAUCGGGACGAGAUAGAAGAGGGGAGAAACGAUCGGUGGAGGGGGAGCAUAGGACGGCAGUGAAGCGAGGAGCAGAAAUGCAGAGAGCUCAGCAGUAUGUUCAUCACACCCCCUUAAGCGCUCCAAGGGUGAGGGUGUUGGAGGAGGCUUUGAGGGCCAAUCUGCUAUCGGUGGCUCGGUCCCCCACUCCGCGAGGGGCUGAUGAAAGCAAGCAUUGCCGGUAUCAUCAGAACAUGGGGCAUUCCACCGAGGAUUGUGUCACACUGAAGGAUAAGCUGGAGAGCUUGGUGCAGGCUGGGCAUUUGAGAGAAUUCGUUCAGAGAGUGAAUUCUCGUCCUAGGGGGGGCAGGGGGGCCAAGGAAACCGUCAACCGGCUGCGCGGAGAGAACCGUUGA